CAAUACCAUGACUGAGGAGGAUUCAAGGAACUCUGCAACUCUUCAAGGAGUGGAAAGAGAGAGAUGAAGCCGGUGGUCGGAAUGGUGGUGUCAAACAAGAUGCAGAAGUCGGUGGUGGUGGCUGUCGAUAGGCUCUUCCAUCACAAGCUCUACAAUCGUUACAUCAAACGCACCUCCAAAUUCAUGGCUCACGACGAGAACAAUCAGUGCACAAUUGGUGAUCGCGUCAGAUUAGAUCCUUCUAGGCCGUUGAGCAAACGUAAGAAUUGGAUUGUUGCUGAAAUAUUAAAGAAGGCGCAGAUAUAUCAACCGCCGUCAGCUCGUAAUGCCGCUCAUUCAGGCAGCCAGACAGUUGUACCUCCUUCGUCAACCUCUUAAGGUAUUGCCUUCAACUAACUAAAAUCGUCUUCUAUUUCUACACCGACUGCGGCAAUGUAAUCAGUGAGCAUAUGCACGAGUCUAUUUAACAAUUAAACUGUGAUGAUAUAUCAGUAAACAAUCUGCAACUUCACUAAAAGUUCAGUACUUUUGAUUCUUUUCAGUUUGCCUAUAUUACAGUGUGAUUUUUGACUUCAUUUGAUAUGGGUUUGCUUUCAAAAGUUCAUCCAAACUAUUUUCUAAA